AUGGCGAUGUCCUGUUUUGAAAAGGCAGAGGAAGACCGGCAUACCUCCAUUGCGUUUACCACAGAAAAUAUGGUAAUACUCCAGUUUUAUCCCCCUGAUAUGGUGGCCAGAGUGUUGUUUGAAACAAUCAUCAAAUUUGCAGAAACAAAUCCAGUCUAUCUUCAGAAAGUUGUUCUCGUUGCUUCCCCUCCUGCAAAAGCUUUGUUUAAGGUUGAUGUCAUCGUGAAUUCCACCGGGAAUAGAUUAAAUCUCAGCGAGGGACCAAUAAGCAAGAUAAUACUAGAAGCGGCUGGGUCAAGUAUUCAGGAGGAAUGCAAAAAUAAUUACCCGAAUGGGAUUGAAAGCUGGGGCGUGGCUGUCACAAGUGGAGGCAAUAUAACUUGCAAGCAGAUUUAUCACAUAUGCCUCGUUCGUUCCGAAUGGUCAUCCGUUAAACAGAAAUACAAAGACAUCAUCAACUAUUUGUUGGAAACAGCUGACUCUACAGGCCACACGUCAAUAGCAUUUCCUGUUCUGGGAACUGGACUGAUCCAGUACCCAAAUGAUCAAGUGGCAAAAAGCCUCUUUGAAACAGCCAUGGCAUUUCAAGGAAAUCAUCUAAAAACCAUCCUUUUUGUUGUGCACCCAAAAGAUUUUGCUAAUCGAAAGGUAAAUUGUAGUAUGUAUGCAGUGACAGAUAAUUGAAAUUUGUUUUAACGAUAACACUAGACCAUAUUGAUAUGUUAAUCAUCAGCUUUUGGGU